GAUGGUGGUUGGUGGUGGUGGGUGGUGGUGGUGGUUGUUGGUGGUUGUUGUUGUUGGUGGUGGUUGUUGGUGGUGGUGGUUGGUGGUGGUUGUUAUUGGUUGUUGUUGGUGGUUGUUGUUAGUGGUGGUUGUUGUUGGUGGUGGUGGUUGUUGUUGCUGGUUGUUGCUGGUUGUUGUUGGUUGUUGUUAGUUGUUGGUGACACUACACGGAACGCGAGUCAAGAACAGAGCAGCUGGUAGCAGCUGGUGUAACGAGGCUGGCGGGAGAGAGACACGAGAGAAGGUGGACAAAUGAGCUCGCCAAAGCGUUGACUCAAGAUCCGGGAAACUCGUGCCGCCAAAGUGCUUUAGCAAAGCACCGCACACACACACACAUCGACAGGAGGAGGAGGAGAGAGUUAACACACACACACACACACAACAACAAAAGACGCUAGAGGGAGACAGAGAGACGCGAAGACGAAAGGAGGGAAAAGCGACAAUUAAUGAAAUAAAGUCCUUCACCAAAAAGCCUAACAUGGCGGCGGUGGUGGCUGCGCCCGUAACGCAGUACAGCGAGGCGUGGUAUCUCUCUUUGCUGGGCUUCGCAGAGAACUUCAGGACAUCAAGUCCACCUCGGAUCCGUCUCUGUGUCCACUGCCUUCAAGCUAUCUUCCACUUCGGACCAGGGGCACGAGUGGAGGCGAGGACUCAUUUGCAACUGGGCAGCGUGCUGUACCAUCACACCAAGAACGUCGAUCUGGCUCGCUCUCACCUCGAGCAGGCGUGGCUGCUGUCCCAACAGAUCCCUUCAUUUGAAGAUGUCAAGUUCGAAGCGGCAAGUCUGCUGGCCGAGCUCUACUGUCAACAGAACCUUGUGGACUCUGCCAAGCCGCUCUUGAGGAAGGCCAUCCAGAUUUCACAACAGACGCCCUAUUGGCACUGCAGGCUGCUGUUCCAGCUCGCCCAACUCCACACGCUGGAGAAGGACCUCAUCUCGGCCAGCGACCUCCUGGGCGUAGGGGCGGAGUACGCACGGGUGGUUGGCUCCGAGUACACGCGAGUACUGUUCCUGCUCAGUAAAGGUCUCCUGCUGCUCAUGGAGAGGAAGUUACAGGAGGUGCACCCCAUCCUGUCGCUGUGCGGCACGCUCGUGGAGGGCUGGCAAGGCAACCCCAUACAGAAGGAGUCGCUACGGAUCUUCUUCCUCGUUCUGCAGGUCACCCACUACCUGGACGCUGGCCAGAUGAAGAGUGUGAAGCCGUGUCUCAAGCAGCUGCAGCAGGGCAUCCAGACGAUAUCCACGCUGCACGACGACGAGAUCCUGCCCACGAACCCAGCCGACCUCUUCCACUGGCUCCCCAAGGAGCACAUGUGUGUCCUUGUCUACCUGGUGACGGUCAUGCACUCGAUGCAGGCGGGUUACCUGGAGAAAGCACAGAAGUACACGGACAAAGCGCUCAUGCAGAUAGAAAAGCUCAAAAUCCUGGACACGAGUCCCAUCCUCUCCUCCUUCCAAGUGAUGCUGCUGGAACACAUCAUCAUGUGCCGUCUCGUCACGGGGCACAAGGCCUUGGCAUUGCAAGAGAUCUCGCAGGCAUGCCAGCUGUGUCAGCAGUCUCCCCGGCUCUUCUCGAACCACGCUGCACAGCUGCACACGUUGCUGGGUCUCUACAGCGUCUCCGUAAACUGCAUGGAAAGCGCAGAAGCCCAGUUCACGACGGCACUCAGGUUGACGUCGCACCAGGAGCUGUGGACGUACAUCGUAACGAACCUCGCGAGCGUCUACAUCCGGGAGGGCAACCGGCACCAGGACCUGUACACGUUAUUGGAAAGGAUAAACCCGGACCACAACUUCCCAGUAAGCUCUCACUGUCUGCGGGCGGCAGCGUUCUACAUCCGGGGUCUCCUCUCCUUCUUCCAGGGCCGAUACAACGAGGCCAAGCGGUUUCUCAGAGAGACGUUGAAAAUGUCGAACGCGGAGGAUCUGAACAGACUGACGGCGUGUUCACUCGUGCUGCUGGGGCACAUCUUCUACUCGCUGGGAAAUCACAGAGAAAGCAAUAACAUGGUGGUGCCGGCCAUGCAGCUCGCCAGCAAAAUCCCCGACGUGUCCGUGCAGCUGUGGUCAUCGGCUCUCCUCAGAGAUCUGAACAAGGCGUGCGGCAACAGCUUGGAGGCGCACGAAGCAUCGCAGAUGCAUCAGAACUUCUCACAGCAGCUCCUCAAUGACCACAUCGAGGCCUGCAGCUUGCCCGAGCACAACCUCAUUAACUGGACGGAUGGACCAUUCCCCAUGCAGUACCAGGCACAGAACGGGCCCAACACCAGCUUGUCGAGUUUGUUGUAGCUGGAUCCGGAAGGCGGACGAGUGGAGAAGGACAGGGGUGAGAAGAGACACAGGUGCUCAAAACAAAACAAAAAAAAAACUAAAAAAAUCUGCCACGAGCUCUCGCAGAGAGAGAGAGACACGUCUAAGCGGACGCUGGUGGAAACUAGUGCCCGCCCGUUUGGCGCACGAGCAACGCCUUGCUCUCAAGGGGUUGUGUGUCGGGACUCCCAGUUACGAGGGUCAUGCUGGCGACGGUGGUGACGGCGAUGGUGGUGGCGACGGUGGUGAUGGCGAUGUUGGAGGAUGGUGGGGGAGGAGCGGUCGGUGAUGGUGCGCGAGCGGCAAUGGCGGUCGUUUUGGCGCGCUCCACACCGCCACCGCCACCGGCGCGCCACGUAGAAAGGGUCUUGGCUUGUGAACGGAACGACAGAAAUAUAAAUAUAUAUAAAUUUUAUCUGUUUUAAGUUUAUAUAAAGUGCAGUACCAUUUACCCACUAUUUUUUUUUGGCAAGUGUGCGUGUGUGCGCGGAUGGGGCUGGCUUUAGCAAAGUUUUUAUAUGAAAAAGACGAAACGUAAAAAAAAAAUUUGAAAAAAAUAAUUUAACCUAUUCCCUUUUGUGUCUCGUUACGUUUUUGUUUAUUUGUGCGCCCCCCCCCCCACCCCCUAAAUUUUUAACACUCAGUUAAGUUCUCUCCGUCGUGCUGCGCCGCUGUCUGCGAUUGGUUGGCACAAUUUGUCAAGGGAGUUUCCUGUUCUGUUUUUUUAAAUAUAAUAAAUUCGAGAUAGCUCACUGAAGGUUUUACCCGCGUGGCACCGGCUUGGAACAUUGUAUGGAGCACGGGGAAAAGCAAACGAAAAUCACUUGCGGCGAGGGCAUUUUAGCAAUCUUCGAGGACAAGGAAGCGCUCACUGAUUCAUGCAAAGUUGGCGCUCAAUGCGACGUGCAAUUUGGUAUCGAUACCCACGUCACGUUUUAAUCCCACGAUUUUCUGACGAUCUCUACAUUUUUUGGACUUUGUUUCUGAAGAAGAAAAAACCCACAAUUACGGUCUCUGUACCAAAAAAAAGAUCUGAACUAUCCGGCAACUCUUUUGUUUGGUUCUCACGAUCCUAAAAAUUAUAUAUCUGCAAUGGCCUAUAAAAUCCGAAAUCUAACGAUUCUAAAUCUGAACUCAUCCCCACCUCACUUGUGAUUACUUUACAAAAAAGCAAUAAUUUUUAACCGCCGUAAAAAACGCACGCAUUAAUCGCAACUAUUGAAAAUUCUUUCUUGCAUUUGACAGAAUCCUCGGACAUGAGAUACCAUAAUAAAAUUUUAUUUUGCUGUUCGUAAAUAUUUCACUUUUGUGAGUGUGGAACAAUUAAUGCAUGUUUUAUGGUUUAUAUAAAGCAUCAAUUUGUUCCUUCACAAGUCUCCCUUGCAAGGGAAAUAUGCGUCCCUUUGGGCUGCACCACAUUAAAUAAACUCCUUUGGUGUUUAAUACGGUAAGGCAGUCGUACUGUUACAGCUGACUUGAGGCAGACGGGUGUUUAUGAAUCUCGUCCGUUGUGUGGAGUUGACCUUGCAGUGAUUGCCAUGCCAGACUUGCCCCCAUUUGCCAAUGCACAAAUGCACACGCUCCAUUUGGAAGUAAUCAUUAAUGAACUGUAAUUGACAAAGCCAUCACUGGGCAGUUGAGCUGCGCGCCACAACAGCGUGCAUGUUAAGUAAAACUUACUUCGUUGUAAAGGAUUAUAAACAAUUUGGCACUAGAUUAAUGCUUGUCAAUUUUCCAAUUGUUCCUGAAUUGUCUUGGGUUUUUUUUUGUUUGUUUUAUAACUGAAAAAUGGAGAAAUAAAAAAAGCAUUUUAAGAAAUAUGGACGAAAAUUGGAGGAAAUUCAGAGACGUGUUUGGAGAAAACCCUACAUCAGAUUUGGCUCCCAGUGCCUUCCACACAUUUCCAGACUUAAAAAAAAAAGAUCACUCACGGGAAAAGCCACAAAGCGACCCUGAGCUUGUUGAGCUACGAGUGGUUUGAGUAGCGAGACUAAAAGAGUUCGUCCUUUGUUGGGAUAGAAUUCAAGGGCCCUCGAUUACAACAAUCGUGCACCAAGGGCGAUUGUACUUCAGGACUUUUGUCUGAUGUCAGUUUUCGGGUCGUCACAGCCGCAUCAACAUUUGUGCGCCGUCUUUGACGUUUCAACCCCGGGAUUUUUCUGGGCCCUCCGCACCCUCGUCGUUCAGUCCAGGAGAGUUGACCCCUGGCAGAGAAAACCUUUGGUGACUCAUUUCAUCAGUCCCAGGAUUCUAGUCAAAUGCGUUGAAAUUCCUAUCGGCAUUAGAGGCCCCCCCCCACCUCGCGGCGAACGCCCAUCGGCCGUUCCGUUCCGCAGCGGCUGUUACCAUCCUUUGGGAUAACGCGCACAGCAAGAGCGACGGGCCUUGCGUUUCAUGACGGUCACCUGGAGCGUCAGACAUUCCCCCCCGCCGUUGCCGUCUCGUUACGCCCCCUUCCCCACCCCCCCACGUGCUCCAUGCAAGUUCCCCGUAGAAUGCGGGCGGACCCUGCAGCACACGCUAUUAUCUACUGUAUUCUGGUAAUACUUAUUAAAACACGUAAGCUCUGGACGAUUUAAUUUUACGUUACGUUUUUUAGUUCACGACAUUUGCAUGCACUUUCCGUUGUAUAGUUAAAUUUUUUUGUUCGAAAUUCACUUAACGUUUGUACAGGCAGCAGCGUCUGUUGCAGGAAGAGGAGGUGUCUGUGUUGUGGGUGCCCUGGGUUUCCAAGUUGGCACAGUCGGGAGCACAGGUGGUGCAUCUGUCAUCUCAGUUGACGCAUAACACCUUGGUCUGUCCCGUCACCUCCUAUUCGGCGAGUCUUCAACACUUCACAUGGCCUCACGGUGCACCUAGCCUGGCAUAAGCGCCCUGGUGACAUCAUCGCCACUUAGGGACAAACGUGGCUGUUGGGUUUUCAUUUCCAUUCACGAGAAUUUUUCAAUAUAACUAUAAGCCUUGCAUUGCCACCACCCUGUUUAUUAAACCCCUAUCUGGCUGGCGAUCAUCAGCCGGAAUCCGAUGUUCGCAUUGAGGAGUGUCCUGGAAAAUCUUGGUAACCCACCAAAUCUCAAAAGUCAGCUUUUGUCACGGGUAGGCAACGGAUUCAAUUUAUGACAAAAGUGGAAUUGUUAAGUUCCCUUGUUUGUCCACCUGUGGGCAGAUUAUACGACCAAAUAAUCUAUCACGUUGCUUGUAGAUUGUUUCAAUUGAGUUAGUGUGGGUUAUUAAAGAGAAAUGCAUCUGGGUUAACGGCUUCUUCCAAGACACCCCUCAAAUGACGCGAAUCAGGUUCCGAUUAAAUUCACAAAUCUAUUCUGAAACGUUUCGGUGAACGGUAGCGUCUCCCAAGUGGCUGCAAAGGUGCGACUCAAGCCCCAUUACGUACAAGUCAAAAUGCGAAUCGGAACAACAUCGAUACUCGUGCGCUUACGAUUCUGUGCGUGUAAGAAUCGAUAUAGAUCUGUAAAUGAUGCCUCAUUCCACCCCAAGUGGUCAUUGAUGUGGAGUUGGCACAUGCGUUGCCGCACGUGCUCGCAUCAGCAUCGGUUCCAGCCACCUGGGUUCGAACCCUGACCACCAUUCACAGCGUCGACAGCAAGUGGCGUUUAUGCCCGUCCUGGGCUUCCCUUAGGUCCACCCAGCCUUAAACCAGCGCCCGUUCCAGUUUGUAGACAUCCACAGCGGAGGGAAAUGACAACGUGCAGGCGUUCGCGCGCGUGUGGUGCUGGCAACGUCACCACCUUAACGUUUGCGCCACGCAGGCCUUAAUAGGCGCUCGCUAACAGCAAUCACAGCAACAGCCCCGUGCGGCUGAACUCGGUUCACGUGCAACUCACGAGGCAAUAUUUUUUUUACGUUUUUCAGUGUUGGGUAGAACGACGGGCAGUUGUGUAAAUUCAUUCAUCCUCAAAUAUUUUUACGUAAACAUUGCAACGCAAUAUAAAAAAAAAUCAUUUUUCUUUAUUCUACCAGUUGGUAAGCAAAACGGCCUAAAGGUCAACAACCAUUACCCAGGGUUUGACCUCCCUUCCCGAAGUCAUGAGCUCAGUGGUUCUUCACUCUCACCAGCUGGAAAUUGCCUCUGCGGUUGGGGAAGUGCAGCAACUAAAUGUAAAAAAAAAACAAUAAAAAUUUACACGACACGUAAUAUAAUUUAGGUUGCGUGGCCGCGUGCUUGUGUUUACGCCCGCACACGCGCGCAUACACAUAUAUUUUUUUAAUUUCGGUAAAGUCACUCUCUCGCCGUUAACACUCUCCGUUUCGGGUCCGGGCGUUCACACGGCGUCUCGUUCACGUGGACGGAGCCGCCGCCGUUCACCUCCGCCAGACGGCCCCCCGGUGCCUACCGCUCGUUAGCUCCGCA